AUGGCGGCAUCUCUACUGUCUGAGGAUCUCGACUCAUACAGUGGUCAGUAUGGGACGCAUGGUGCCAUUCAGCGGCUGCAGUUCAUUGCAAAUCAGACACCGAAAGUGAACCUGAAGAUCGAUGCGCUGAAGCUAUGCCUAGAUCUGCUUAAGCGCACAACAAACUGCAAAGGGUAUACAGAGGUGUAUAACUGGCUGAAGGAGCUACUGGAAGGGAGCGAGACGCUGCCAGCUUACGACCAAGUUUGGGUUGAGGCUACGCAAAAGCAAAACGGAAUACUCAAGGACCUGUACGAGCAGGACCUAAAUCAGGCCAAAGCGUCUCAAAUGAAGGAGAACAUCCGACAGUGCUACCAUCAGCUUACCAACCUUUGUCUCGAACAGGGCGACUACCCGACAGCCGAGAAGUACUUGGCGAGGAGCCGUGAGUUCUGCACAGAGCCACAGGCAGUAUUUGCCACCUGUAUGACCAUCAUCAGAUUGCGGGCCUUACAGCGCCAAUACUCUGACAUUCAGAACUUCACCAGCAAAGCUCACCAUACACCGUUCAAGGACGAAGCCAGCCAGUCUCGCAUCUUUGCCUCGUAUGGCUUGUAUAACAUGACUACUGGCAAGUACAAAGAUGCUGCGACAAGCUUCUCGCAGGUCAAGCCGCAGGAUCUUGGCAGCUCCUUCUCGGACAUUCUGAGCCCCCAGGAUGUGGCCUUGUACGGAGUGCUCUGCGGGCUGGGCUCCCUGGACAGAGCCGAGGUGCAGAGCAAGCUCUUAGACUCGCCAACCUUUAGGGAGUGCCUGGACAUGACUCCGCAACUUCGUGAUUUGGCAAUCGACUUCUGCAGCUGCAGGUAUGCAGCUUGCUUGGCGUCACUGGAGCGCUUGAAGGAGCCGCUGUCCUUGGACAUGCACCUUAGUGGCCAAGUGGCUAACCUUUGUGAACAAAUUCGGAGCAAAGGCAUCGUCCAGUACUUCGCCCCCUUUCUGUCCGUCUCUCUUCAUCGAAUGGCGGAAGCCUUCAACACGGAUGUUGAGUCGAUGCAGCGGGAGGUGGCCAAGCUCAUAGGGCAACGCCAGCUGGAUGCGAAGAUCGACUCGCAAAGGAUACUCAAAUUAGCUGCUGUCAAUAUUAGGGUUACCCAGGGACCAUUGAGGGUGGACACAGGAAUUCUUUUUGAGUAG